AGAACCCCUGCUGUGUCACCAGAUGUGCCACCACGUGCCAGGAUCCCUGCUGCCAGGGAAUGACCACCUGUGCCACCACCUGCCAGGAUCCUUGCUGUGCCACCAGAUGUGUCACCAGAUGUGUCACCAGGUGCCAGAACCCCUGCUGUGCUCCCUGCCAGGACCCGUGCUGUGUCACCUCCUGCACCCCGAAGUGCCAGGACCCCUGCUGUGCCACCAGAUGUGCCACCAGAUGUGUCACCACCUGCCAGGACCCGUGCUGCAUCCCAAAGUGCCAGGACCCCUGCUGUGUCACCUCCUGUGCCACCACGUGCCAGGACCCCUGCUGUGCCACCACGUGUGUCACCACGUGCCAGGAUCCUUGCUGUGCCACCUCCUGUGCCACCAGAUGUGUCCCCACCUGCCAGGACCCCUGCUGCAUCCCGAAGUGCCAGGACCCGUGCUGUGCCACCACCUGCCAGGACCCCUGCUGUGUCACCUCCUGUGCCACCACGUGUGCCACCACGUGCCAGGACCCGUGCUGUGCCACCACGUGUGCCACCACGUGCCAGGACCCGUGCUGUGCCACCCCCUGUGUCCCCCAGUGUCGCGGCGGUGCCCGCGUGGCCGCCACCCGCUGCUCUGACUCCUGUGCCACCMCCUGUGUCACCCAGACCUGCCCCGUGUGCGGUGGCCUGGUCACCUCAGCCUGCGGCCAGCGCCGCCCUGUCCCCUGCUGUCCCAAAUUCCAGACUCCCUGA